AUGGGGAAAUUUUGUUGUUGCAACUGUAUCUUCAGUUGUAUUUGCGCAUGCAUUUUUCAGAUACUUUGUGUGAUUAUUGUCAUCUUUGGCAUCAUUUUUCUAGCCAUUUGGCUCAUUUGGAUGCCUAGCAAGGUUUAUUUCCACGUGUCGGAUGCCUCAUUGGCGAAAUUCGAUUUCUCUCCAUCAACCAAUACCCUUGAUUAUGACCUCAACCUCAGCUUCGAAAUCAGAAACUCCAAUGAGAAAAUUGGAAUUAAGUAUGAAGUCAUCGAGGCUAGGACAAAUUUCCAUCAAAAGAAAUUUGCCACAACGAAUCUUGAAUCGUUCUCUCAGGAUUCCAAGAACACGACUAUCUUGAACCAAGUGAUCAAGGGUCAGAGCGAGGUUCAAUUUGGAGAUCGUGAGAAAUCAGAUUACGAGGAUGAGAAGAAAAAUGGAGUUUUUGAUAUUUACACAAUGUUUUACAUGCACAUUAGGCUAAAAUCGGGUUGGAUCACAACGGGAAAGUUUAAGUUUGUUGUUGGCUGUGGACUAAAGGUUCCAUUAAAGUCUGACAAGAUAUCGUCUUCAACUUUUGAGAGAACCAAUUGCAUGGUGUUACCUUGGUCGUCUUAA